CAUUUUCAGCCCCGCCCCACAUCCAGGCCCCGGCGCCGCCAUCAUGGCCGUGCUGCCCUCGCUCCGUCGCCCCGGGCCGCUGCUAGUGAUUCUCGGCGCCACCGGCACCGGGAAGUCGCGGCUGGCGCUGGAGCUAGGCCGCAGGCUCCGCGGGGAGAUCGUCAGCGCCGAUAGCAUGCAGGUUUACAAAGGUCUGGACAUCAUCACGAACAAGGUGACAACUGAAGAGCAGCGACUCUGCGCUCAUCACAUGAUCAGUUUCCUCGAUCCCCUGGUGUCGUACUCGGUGGUGGAUUUCAGGAAUAAUGCACUGCCUAUAAUCGAAGAUAUAAUUGACCGAGAAAAGAUUCCGAUUAUCGUUGGAGGAACUAAUUACUACAUUGAAUCGCUACUGUGGAAAGUGCUGGUGGACACAAAGGACGGGACUGCUGUUUGCUCUGCCCGAGAUGCAGCAGUUGUGACUCAAACACCAGUGACCGACAGGAAAGAAGAACUGGAAAAACUGGACUUCCUAGAGCUGUACACACGACUGGUUGGAGUUGAUCCUGAAAUGGCAGAAAAAUUACACCCACACGACAAACGAAAAGUGGCAAGGAGUCUGCAGGUUUACGAGGAGACGGGAAUUCCCCACAGCAAGCAUCUGCAGCAGCAGCAGGAAGAAGAGGGCGGAGGACCCCUGGGCGGGGCACUGCGCUUUCCACGGUCCUGUAUUUUGUGGCUGCACGCUGACCUUGCAGUCCUCGAUGAGCGCUUGGAUAGGCGCGUUGACGAAAUGCUUUCCACUGGUCUUCUAGAAGAGCUGACUAGUUUUCACAACCAGUACAACCAACAGAAAGUAGCCAAGAACAGCCAGGACUAUCAGCAUGGCAUUUUCCAAUCCAUUGGAUUCAAGGAAUUCCACGAAUAUCUGAUCUCCAAAACUAGCUCCAGUGAAAUGAGGGACAAACUGUUGACCCAAGGUAUCACUGCGCUGAAACAAGUCACCAAGCGUUAUGCGCGGAAACAAAACAAAUGGGUUCGCAAUCGUUUCUUGAAAAGACCAGGAGCGAACAUUCCACCAGUGUAUGGCCUGGAUGUGACUUUUGUCAACCAAUGGGAGGAGACGGUGUUGCAACCUGCUCUGCAGAUUGUCGAGAGCUUCUUAAAGGGAGAGCAACCUGCAGCAUUGCCACUAACCGUGGCUCAUGAUCAGAUUGAUGGGAAGAGAAACCGGCGAGUCUGUGAAUUGUGUGAUAAAAUCAUUCUUGGUGAUCAGGAAUGGAAAGCUCACCUGAAAUCCAAGAAUCAUCAGUACCACUGGAAGAGGCGGAAGAGGGCUGAGGCACAGUUAAGCACAGACACUUCCCCUGACACUGUAAACACUCCACAAGAAGUGUAGAGGCUUCCUCCGGUCUGCGUUAAUAUCACAGGAACUUGCCCCAAGAUGUGAACCAACUGGUAUGGAUGGUCCUUGACAAUAGCUGGCCUGAAGCUCUUGCCUAUUGGAGACGAUGCAGAAUAGCUAUACUCUGCCUCCAUUCUUCUCUUUGUUCCUACAAUCAACAGAGAAUUUGUUGCUGAUAUUUUAGUUUGUGUCCUGGGAGCGUCCUGUUGGAUCAUUUGGAGGAUAAAAAUGUUGCAUCUUUUCUUUUGAAAGGUGGAAUCAAUUGACAUAGGUUACUAAACGUGGUUGGAUGUAGUCCUGGAAAAGAAGCCGCACCUCUUGCCUCCAACCUCCACAUUCAGUCGCGUUAUCUGUGUUCACUAUCUCCAAUAUUUUAACUUAGAAGAGUGUUGAAGUAGAAUUAAAAGAUGCAUAUUUUUU